AUGGCUGUACGGAAACGGAAGCAGGUUGCCGCUGCAUUGGAAGCUCUCAUCCAUGCGAUGGGGUUCAACGGCGGCUGUCAACGGCAGCCAAAGCGCAAGCGCACGCAGCAGAACAGCAAGAGCCUGCAGUGCUACAAUUGCCAGCAGCUGGGCCAUACUGCGCGCGAGUGCAAGAACGCCGUCGCGUGCUUGAAGUGCGCGGCGGCACACGACACGCGCAGUUGCACGAAGCCUCGUGGGGUGGCCAGCAGCUGCGCGAACUGCGGCGGGCCACACGCCGCCAACUCGCGUAGCUGCAGCUACCUCAGGGAGUCACGUCGUCAGCCCGCCGUACCACGCGGCGGCGUCAAGCGCCACGACGGCCGCUCCGCCCCCCCCCCCCCCCCGCUCCGGCGAGGGGUGCGAGCCGCGCCGCCUAGAAGCCGCCACCGACCAAGCUGUGGCCGGUUUCCAAGCCGCCUUUGCGGCCGAAAGGGCCGCACUAAAGGAGGAGCUCGCAGCUGUGCAUCGCCAGCUCCAGCAGCUGCGCGAAGAACUGCGAGCUAUCAAGAAACAACCGCCGGUUCCCGCCGCCGCCCCCCCCCCCCCUGUGAGUCGACCGGUGGGGGUCGAUGCGGCCAAGCAGACAACCGAAGCCCCGUCCCCCGCAGCAACGCGGGAGGCGGCGCCAAUGGAUACCGACGACGUGUCGCCUAG